AUGGAACAUGACGGCAAGAACCUGACUGUCACUGAGGCUGUGCGCUCGGUGCAGCUGCUCAAGAUUGACGGCUAUUCCGCCACCUCUACCAUGGUGGGGUCAGAGGAGUUCAUCAAACCCAGAUCCAGAUGGAUCGUCGAUGGCCACGAGUGGGAGGUCCGUUUCUAUCCUGAUCACUGCGAGCCCCUGGACGACGAGGACGUCAGAUCCAUAUUCUACGACUGCGUCGAAUGGGUCGCUCUGAAGCUCAUCCUCGUCAGUGAACCCCAGAGGGACAAGCUGAGCCAGCAUCUCAAUCCCUCCAAAGAGAAGAGUGUGUCCCAUGUAUUUGACCGUCGCUCCAAAUGCUCGCCUGAAGUUCUCCUCAUGCUGAAACACGAGGUACCAUCAUCAGGUUAUCUCGUGAAUGACUCACUGACCGUGGAAUGCACAAUCACCGUGCUAGGAGCAGAUGAUGAGGAGCAGCCCCUGCCAGUGCCGCCACCCUCGGACCUGCACAAGCACCUCGGUGAGCUCUUGCAGAGCCAGGAAGGAGCGGACGUCAGGUUUCAUGUCUCUGGGGAAUCCUUUGCCGCCCACAAGGCCAUACUCGCUGCAAGGUCCCCGGUUUUCAAGGCCGAGUUCUUUGGAGACAUGGAUGAAACAAGCUCCGAGUAUGUGGUGAUCGAAGACAUGGAGGCUGUUGUGUUCAAGUCCAUGCUUCACUUCAUCUACACGGACAUGGCUCCGGAGCUCGACGGUGACCAGGAGCCUCAGGCAGCGGCGACCAUGGUUCAGCACCUCCUGGUAGCUGCUGACAGGUAUGAGCUGAACAGGCUCAAGCAGAUAUGUGAAUGCAAGCUCUCUGGCGGCAUCGGCAUCGGCACAGCGGCUACGACGUUGGCUCUCGCCGAGCAGCACCACUGCUCGCUGCUCAAAUCCAAGUGUAUUGAGUUCGUCACCAAGUCGCCUGAAACUCUUGAUGCUGUCUUGGCAACUGAUGGCUACGCGCAUCUGGUGGCAAGCUGCCCCUUGGUCCUCGCUGAACUACUGAGGGCCGCGCGUGGUAGGAAGAUCUGA